UUCUAUAACAGUUCCCAGCUGCUGGCUGAACAUGGAGGACGCUGUAAAUUGAUAAAUAUGAGAAUUGGUCCGUCAUGAAGUCCAUAGGGCAGGAAAUCUGUGGUUUCUCCAAAGCGCGUCUGAAGAAGCAGAGCACUAGAGUGACCACGGUGACCGGGAAGGUGUUGUUGGAACGGCGCAGCGGAGACGGCGUUGAAGUGACUGAGGCCGGACAGGAGGACUGUGGGUUUGUUCAGGAUCUGAGUCUGGACCUGCAAGUGGGACUCAUAACACCGUUUCUGCUCCUCUCCUCACAGGACGCUGCCAGUGACAUUGAGACUCUGCGGAGAUUCAAGGUCACCCAUGUGCUGAACGUCGCCUAUGGAGUAGACAAUGCCUUCCCUGAGCUCUUCACCUAUCAGACGGUCACCAUGCUGGAUCUCCCAGAGACACGGCUCACCUCUUACUUCCCGCAGUGCUUUGAGUUCAUAGAUCAAGCCAGAGAACAGGACGGUGUGGUACUGAUCCAUUGUAAUGCUGGUGUGUCCCGCUCUGCCUCCAUUGCCGUUGGUUACCUGAUGGCACGACACAAGAUGCCAUUCGAAGAGGCCUUUAACGCUGUGAAAUCAGCCAGGCCAUCGAUCAGGCCAAACCCUGGAUUCCUCAUUCAGCUUAAGGAAUAUCUCCCAUGAACCUUGUCAUUUGAUAGCAUUUUGGCAUAUUAUGCAGUUGGUAUCCAUUUUUUUAACUGUCUUCAGCUUGCAUUAGGUUGUAACAACUUGUCAAGUUAGAUGUAUGGCUGCUUGUUGCAUUCUUGUUUUUUGAAAUCAUGUUUAUCAUUACAUAUUAAAAAGAGAAAAAAAUA